AUGGAAAGAUGUUAUCAUUUUUUUAAUACUGGUAUACUACUUAAAGGUCGUCACCUGCCAAAAGAUAUCAUGGUAAAAAAUCACAUAAAAUCAACAGACCAAAGACUGCUGCAGCUGUUUUACUCAGCAGAACAGAGUAGAUGCGAUAGAGUAAACCAACUUCAACAUGAACCAACCAGACGCCAUAAUUUUGAAAAUCAUCUUCCAGUUCGUAAACCAAAAACACCGGCAUGGCAGAAAAACUUAGAUCCUCCACCAGUACCUAUAGUAGUGACACCAGGCUAUGUUUUAUCUAAAAGUAAAUCAAAAUGUUCAGUUAUAUUGAGAGAAGAUUUUUUUGAUCCAGGAACAGAAAGUCCUGUUUCACCUUCCAGCCCACUGUCUACCAGAAGAGCUGUGAACAAGGGUGAUCCUGAAAGAGAUAGUUUGAUAGCCACACUACAAGAACAGAUUAACGAUUUAACUUUAUAUCUCGAGGAAGAGAGGCUAAAUCAUCGUCAAACCAAACAAAAG